CACACAAGAGGCGUGUGUGGAUAAGCUACGGCAGAUAAGGUUUCCACCACCAUCGCUCCUCUCUUUCACUCUCCCAACCCACAUCGAAAAUACAGGGAACCCAUCGAUGGCCUCUCUGCAAAACUCUCCUGCAAUUCAUCGAACGCUCUUUCCAAAUUCGUUUUCUCAGCUAGGGUUACAGAAGCACGGUCAGUUUCGAUGCUGUAGAAGAGGUGUUUCACUUCUUGUGAGGGCGGAGCAGGUUUCAACUACUAAUCGUGAAGAUGGACCUGGGAGACGCCAAGUGCUUGCUGUUGGGGCAAUUGGCUCUUGGGUUUCUCUUGUUAACCAGACCUCAAUAUCAUUUGCUGCAGAAACUAAAAAGGGAUUUCUCGCCGUCAUGGACAAGAAGGAUGGAUACUCAUUUCUUUAUCCAUUUGGGUGGCAGGAAGUAGUCAUUGACGGGCAAGACAAGGUAUUCAAAGAUGUCAUUGAGCCAUUAGAAAGUGUCAGUGUAAAUAUGAUCCCCACUGUCAAACAGGACAUUCGAGAACUUGGGUCUCCACAAGAGGUUGCUGAAGCUCUAAUAAAAAAGGUUUUGGCCCCUCCUUCCCAAAAGACAAAACUAGUUGAGGCAGUAGAGCAUGAUGUUGAUGGCAAGGCUUACUAUACAUUUGAGUUCACUGUUCAGGCUCCAAACUUCACUCGCCAUGCUCUCAGUGCAAUCACUAUUGGCAAUGGUAAAUUCUACACUCUGACAACUGGGGCCAACGAGAGGAGGUGGGAGAAGAUGAAAGACAAAUUGCACACUGUGAUUGAUUCCUUCCAGAUUUUCAAUGUUUGAUGUAAUAGUUUAGUUUCCUAUGUCACAUGAGAAAUUGCAAUCACCAUUGUGCUUUUUCUUCCCAAGUUGUAUGAGGCCCAGUUCUGGUUACCCGUUAUUGUUCCACAGAUGCUUCAAAGGCAAAUGCCUAUGUACUCAAACCUAUGUAGAUAAAUCAUUUUUGUCUACGGAAUCUAAAUGUUAUUUUUCCGUUCCAUUUUUUCACCUA